AUGGAGCCCGCAGCCACCGGCUUCCUGUCCCCGCGUCCUUGCCCGCGAGCCGCCGCCCCGCCCGCGCCCCCCGCCGGGCCCGGGCCGCCUCCGAGUGCCUCGCCCAGACCCGACCCCAACAUGCUGGCCGGGCGACCAGCGCCAGACCCCGGGCGCCUCAUCACCGACCCGAGCAGUGGCCGCACCUACUUCAAAGGCCGCUUGUUGGGCAAGGGGGGCUUCGCCCGCUGCUAUGAAGCGACUGACACCGAGACCGGCAGCGCCUACGCGGUCAAAGUCAUCCCGCAGAGUCGCGUCGCCAAGCCGCAUCAGCGCGAGAAGAUUCUCAACGAGAUUGAACUGCACCGAGACCUGGAGCACCGCCAUAUCGUGCGCUUCUCGCACCACUUUGAGGAUGCCGACAACAUCUACAUUUUCCUGGAGCUUUGCAGUCGAAAGUCCCUGGCCCACAUCUGGAAGGCACGGCACACCCUGUUGGAGCCUGAGGUGCGGUACUACCUACGGCAGAUUCUUUCCGGCCUCAAGUACUUGCACCAGCGGGGCAUCUUGCACCGGGACCUCAAGCUGGGAAAUUUCUUCAUCACUGAGAACAUGGAGCUGAAGGUGGGGGAUUUCGGGCUGGCAUCCCGGCUGGAGCCCCCGGAACAGAGAAAGAGGACCAUCUGUGGCACCCCCAACUAUGUGGCUCCGGAAGUCCUGCUGAGACAGGGCCAUGGUCCUGAGGCAGAUGUAUGGUCCCUGGGCUGUGUCAUGUACACGUUGCUCUGUGGGAGCCCACCCUUUGAGACAGCUGACCUGAAGGAGACCUACCGAUGCAUCAAGCAAGUCCACUACACGCUGCCUGCCAGCCUCUCACUGCCCGCCCGGCAGCUCCUGGCUGCCAUCCUUCGUGCCUCACCCCGAGACCGCCCCUCUAUUGACCAAAUCCUGCGCCAUGACUUCUUUACCAAGGGCUACACCCCCGACCGGCUCCCUGCCAGCAGUUGCGUGACAGUCCCAGACCUGACACCCCCCAAUCCAGCUAGGAGUCUGUUUGCCAAAGUCACCAAGAGCCUCUUUGGCAGGAAGAAGAAUAAGAACAAGAACCGCAGCGAAGAGCGGGAUGAAGUCUCCCGCCUGGUGAGCGGCCUUGUGCGCACAUCCAUUGGCCGGCAGGAAGCCAUGCCUGAGGCUCCCGCAGCUUCUGGCCCAGCUCGUGUCAGCCUGGUAGAGACAGCAGCUGAAGACAGCUCUCCCCGUGGGACACCGGCCAGCAGCGGUGAUGGCUUUGAAGAAGGUCUGACUGUGGCCACAGUGGUGGAGUCAGCCCUCUGUGCUCUGAGAAACUGUGUGGCCUUCAUGCCCCCAGCUGAACAGAACCCAGCCCCUCUUGCCCAGCCGGAGCCUCUUGUGUGGGUCAGCAAGUGGGUGGACUACUCCAACAAGUUCGGCUUUGGCUAUCAGCUGUCCAGCCGCCGCGUGGCCGUGCUCUUUAAUGAUGGCACCCACAUGGCUUUGUCGGCCAACAGGAAGACUGUGCACUACAACCCCACUAGCACCAAGCACUUCUCCUUCUCGGUGGGGGCCGUGCCUCGGGCCCUGCAGCCUCAGCUGGGUGUCCUGCAGUAUUUCACCUCUUACAUGGAACAACACCUCAUGAAGGGGGGAGAUCUGCCCAGCGUGGAAGAAGUGGAAACGCCUGCCCCACCACUGCUAUUGCAGUGGGUCAAGACCGAUCAGGCUCUGCUCAUGCUCUUUAGUGACGGCACUGUCCAGGUGAACUUCUAUGGGGACCACACCAAGCUCAUCCUCAGCGGCUGGGAGCCCCUACUCAUCACCUUUGUAGCCCGGAAUCGCAGUGCCUGCACUUACCUCGCCUCCCACCUCCGGCAGCUGGGCUGCUCCCCCGACCUGCGGCAGCGACUCCGCUAUGCCCUGCGCCUGCUCAGGGACCGCAGCCCGGCCUAGUUCCCCGGAGCUAAGCCAGCAAGCUGGAGGCCUGCACUGUGGCCCUCCCUGUCUCUUUGGUGCCUCCUUUUGCAGGGGCGGGAGGGAAGGAGAGGCUCUAGGUGGAAUCCUUCAGGGAAUCGGGGACCAGCUUUACUGGAGUUGGAGACCCUGCUUGUUGCCACGGUCUCCCUCCUCCCUCCAAAAGCCUGAGCCGAAGCCUCCAGCUAGGGGGUGUUACUUAUGGACCACUUUUAUUUAUUGACACUUAUUUAUUGGGAUGUGAGCCCCAGGAGGGCCCCUCCUGGGACAAUAAACCUUUUUUUUUUUUGCAUAA